AAGAGUUCGAGCGGAUAUCAGAUCUUCGUCUGUCUGUCUGUCUGAUUUACGUAUUUAGUGUCAUAAUUGUUUUAUAGAUGAUGUUGUAAAAACUACUGAGUAUUCGUGGGUAUAUUGAGAAUUAUUAAGAAAAAUUCGAAUUUUAAGUAAAAGUUGGAAGUUAACGAUUAUAUUUUGUGGUUUUAUCAAGAUGUCUAUUUGUUUUCAAGAUUUCUUUCACUUAAAACAAGGUCGAAUGUUUAGUGGUGAUGCUUUGCAAAAAUGGUUUCCAUUUUCUUUAAUAGCAGAUGGAUAAUACCGUUAGUGCGACGUGGAACUCGGCAUAAUUUGGAAUUGAUCGAUUUGUAUAAAGUUUUGGAAGGCGAUGAAUCGAAAGGAUUAGCAGAUGCGCUAGCAAAAAACUGGCAGAAUGAAAUACACAAAAAAUCGGGGCAAAAAAUCAAACCGAGCCUGUUGAAAGCCAUAACGAAAACAUAUUAUAAAGAAUUUUUUCUAUACGGAUUGUUAUGGGCUUUUAUAAACAUCAUCUUGUUAUCGUCCAGGCCUAUUAUAUUAGCCCAGUUAAUCGCUUUAUUUUCUAAUCAUAAUAAAGAUAGUACCAAGAUGUACUACUACAGCGCUGCUUUAGUAGGAGUAUCAAUUGCGACAGCAUUUUUUUACCAUCACGUACAAUUUUCACUAUCGGUAAUCGGGAUGAGAAUACGUAUAGCGACAUCUUCAUUGAUUUACAGAAAGAUUACGAAGUUGAACCAUAAGGCUUUGGGACAAACGGCAGUUGGUCAAGUCGUAAAUCUGUUGUCCAACGACGUGAACCGAUUCGAUUUGUUGAUACCGAACCUGCACGCCAUCUGGGUGAUGCCAAUUCAAGUUGCUUUUCUACUGUUCAUUAUGUGGUAUCAAGUAGGCAUUUCCUCUCUUUUUGGAAUCGUGGUUAUGGUUCUUUUAACUGUUCCCGUACAAGGUUUCCUUGCAAAAUACGUGGCGAAAUUGAGGAUCAGCAUUUCCAAAAAAACGGACAAUCGCGUGAAAAUAAUGAGCGAGGUUAUAAGCGGCAUACAAGUAAUAAAAAUGUACGCUUGGGAAAAACCAUUCGAAAAACUGAUAAAUCUAGCAAGGAAAACGGAAAUAGAGGAUAUUACGUCGGCCUCUUAUUUACGAGGAGUGUAUUCCAGUUGUAUGGUUUUCAUGGAUAGAGUCUCCCUAGGUUGUACCGUCAUUUGCUUCAUAUUACUCGGGAAUAACAUAUCGGCCGAUAAAGUAUUUUCUCUAGCGCAAACAUUCAAUAUCCUCCAAUUGGUCGUGGCCAUAUCUUACCCCAUAGCUAUAAGUCUCGGCGCGGAAUCUUUGGUUUCCGUCGAGAGAUUACAAAAUUUUUUACUUUUGGAAGAAAAAGAAGAAACCGGUAUCGAACGAACCAAAGAUGGCGGUAUCUCGUUAUCUAACAUCGAAGCUUCGUGGACGCCCAAUAAUCGUACAUUACAAAAUAUCGAUAUUAGAAUACGCCCCGGUACUUUGUGCGCCAUCGUAGGACCCGUGGGGGCCGGAAAAUCUUCUCUACUACAAAUUUUAUUGGGGGAAAUGCCGUUUGAUACCGGGAAGAUUCAAAUUGGGGGUGAGAUUUCUUAUUGUUCUCAGGAACCUUGGUUGUUUCAGUCGACUGUUCGCAGUAACAUCCUCUUCGGGCUGCAGUACCAAAGGACGUGGUACAAAAAAGUGGUGCAAGUUUGCGCUUUGGAAAAAGAUUUCGAGCAAUUUCCUCAUAGAGACCGUACCAUCGUGGGUGAAAAGGGGGUUUCGUUGAGCGGAGGUCAACGCGCCAGGAUCAAUUUAGCCCGCGCUAUUUAUAGGAAAGCGGAUAUUUAUCUGCUGGACGAUCCGCUAUCGGCCGUCGAUACGCACGUGGGGAAGCAUCUGUUUGAAAAUUGUAUUUAUAAUCAUUUGAAGGGGAAAACGAGGAUUUUGGUGACGCAUCAAUUGCAAUAUUUGAAGAAAGCGGAUUUGAUUAUUCUGGUUAAUAAAGGAAAAAUUGAGGCUCAAGGAACCUUCGAGGAGCUCUCCCGAUGCGCCUUGGACUUCACGAAAUUAUUAAUAGCCGCGGAUGAAUCGGGCGAAAAACCCAACGAAUCCGCAGACGCCGAAAACGCCGAUUUACCCAAAAGAGGGACUUUCAGAAGAAUGUCGAAUUGGUCGGCGUUAUCUUUCCGCAGCGACGUUUCCGAUAGUUACAAAGGCGCGGAUGAAGUAAUCGAAGAAGAAUCUGGUACCGAUCCGAACGUGAAACCGUUCAAAAGUUAUCUUUUGUCCACGAAAAGUAUUUGCAUGUUGGUACUUCUGAUUACGUUGUUGGUACUUGCUCAAGCGUUUUGCGCGGCCGUUGACCUUUGGUUGGCGUUUUGGACAACUGAAGAAGAAACUAGACACGCAAACUAUGAAGUAACAAAUCUCCAAUCUUCAUCUACUGAUUUUCAUCCAUAUCUUCGCAACAGCACUGAAAAUAUGAGUAAAUACGUUUACCAUAUCGUUAAUGAUACUUCUCAUUUCGACGGUAUCUUCGACUACGUCGAAGUGAACGGGAAAAUAACGAAAUUAGUGAAAACGACAUACGCCAUGUAUUUCUAUGGUGCUUUGUUAGUUUUGUGCGUCGUAUUAACCUUAUUCAGAUCGUUCUUGUUUUUCAAAACGUGUAUGAUGUCGUCCAUAAAUCUACAUUCCAACAUAUUCCAUACUCUACUCGAAGCUCCCAUGCGUUUUUUUGACACUAACCCCACCGGUAGGGUACUCAACAGAUUUUCCAAGGACAUGGGAGCCAUAGAUGAAGUACUACCUAGAGUACUACUAGAUGCAGUACAGAUAUUCCUAGUAAUGGCAGGACUUUUGAUAAAUAUAGUCCUUUCGAACGCGUACAUGAUCAUCGCAAUUAUCGUAUUAGGAUACGUAUUUUUGAAAUUCAGGAAGUGGUACAUAGAAAUCGCCAAAAUACUUAAACAUCUAGAAGGAAUAACGAAAUCGCCGGUUUUUUCGCACGUCAAUUCGUCCUUGAACGGUAUCAAAACUAUAAGAUCCUCAAACGCGGAGCAACUGCUAAUAAACGAAUUCGAUAAUCAUCAAGAUGUCCACACUUCCGCUUGGUAUUUGACAAUAGCGUGCGUGGGUGCGUUCGGAUUAUGGCUCGAUAUAAUAGCCGUGAUCUUUUUGGCGUGCGUUACUUUCACGUUCGCCGUUUUAGCAAAUUAUACCGAGGUAAAUGGAAGUCUUGUGGGAUUGGCCGUAUCGCAAAGUCUAGUUUUAACCGGUAUGCUGCAGUACGGGAUACGACAAACGGCCGAAGUGAUUAACCAAUUGACUAGCGUCGAAAGAGUUUUGCAAUAUACCAAUUUGGAUAAGGAAGGUCCGUUCGAGACCCCGCCAGGUGAUCAAGCCCCAAUCAUCGAUUCUUCUCGAUCUAAUUUGUAUUUUUUUGUAGGAAAUACGCCUAAGCAGCCUUGGCCCGUUGAAGGUUUUCUCGAAUUCAGGAACGCCUCUUUGAGAUACGCCGAAACCGAAGCGGCGGUUUUGAAAAAUUUGAAAUUCGUCAUCGAACCUGGUGAAAAGGUCGGUAUAGUAGGACGAACCGGUGCGGGGAAAUCGUCUCUGAUUUCCGCCCUAUUCCGUUUAGCUCCAUUGGAAGGCUCUAUAUUUGUGGAUGGAGUGGAUAUUGCGUCUCUAGGAUUGACGGAUUUGCGGAAGAAGAUUUCCAUAAUUCCCCAGGAACCGGUUUUGUUUUCCGAAACUCUACGGUACAAUUUGGAUCCUUUCGACCAAUUCGAAGAUAAAGAACUUUGGAGGGCGUUAGAGGAAGUCGAGUUGAGGGAUAGCGUGGAUUCUUUGGAGUUUAUGGUAGCAGAAGGAGGAGGUAAUUUCAGCGUAGGUCAAAGGCAAUUGAUCUGUUUGGCGAGAGCUAUUUUGAAAAACAAUAAAAUCUUGAUAUUGGACGAAGCUACAGCCAACGUAGAUCAAAGGACGGAUUCUUUAAUACAAUUAACGAUACGUAGAAUGUUCAAAGACUGCACGGUACUGACCAUAGCGCACAGAUUGAACACCAUCAUGGAUUCCGAUAAAGUUCUGGUGAUGAGUUUCGGUAAUAUGGUGGAAUUCGAUCAUCCCCAUAACCUUCUACAAAUCGAAGACGGUUAUUUCCAUAAAUUGGUGAUGGAAACCGGGCCUUCGAUGACCGAACAACUCAAAGAAAUCUCUCGUAACGCGUAUAUGAAUAAAAAAAACGGAAAUGAUACGAAUUAAUCCCGAUUAUUUUUUUGGAACCCGUACAAAAUUUAAUAAAAACAACAAUUUAAGACUACGAAUAAGAUUCACUUGAAAUAUUUAGUUUUGUAGUUGAUGAAAUUUAUUUGUAAAAAAAAAAAUAUUUUUCCUUUUGUUCCAUAUUUUUAUCCUUACGUCACAUUAAAUAAAAAAAUAAAUUAUUUCGAA